UACACGAUUUUGAAAUGAGUGGUAAAUUACAAAUUUCUGCUAGUUCACAUGAAAUUGCAGUUUCUAGUUCAUCAAAGACCAGUGCUAUUUCUAAUCCUAAAGCUAACAAUAAAUGCUUUGAAUUGUUCUUAAGCUGCUUUAGAAUUAAUUCCAAAAAGGAGUCCUUAGAUGACAUUGUAAAUAGUAAUAUCAAAGAAUAUGAUUAUAUUGUUGAGAAGCUUAUAGUAAAACGCGUACCUUUCAUUUUCUUUUCUAUGUCAGAGAACGCUUUAAAGAACAAAAUUAACCCUGAGAGUAAAAGUAAUUCUAUUAAAGAUGUCCUGCAAUUGCAAACAAGAUCAAAUAGUACACAUUCAGCUGUGUCAGAAACCCAAUCGUUAUUAUAUUAUUCUAAUAGAUUUGAUCCAAAUAUGAUAUCCUUGCAAACUUCUAAUAAAUGUUUAUACUUUGAUAAAAAUACAUUUACGUUGAAUGAAAGAAAUAAAAAACACACAUUAUCUAAUAAUGAUUACCAUACUAGAAUAACUGAAUUGAUGAAUACUAUGAGUAGUUUACAUCCAGAUUUGAAAGAACAUGAAAGACCACCAAAAGAUUGUUGUCCUUUAAAUAUGCCAAAAAACAAAAGUGUUAUGUCUGCAAAAAUGUCUCUUAAAGGAUUAAGAAAUAACAUACCUCAGGAGCAAGAGAUAUUUAAAUCACAAUCUUUUGUUCAAGAAGCAUUUUUAAAGAAAAAAGAGUUUAGGAAUGUAGAUAAAAUUAAAUCAAAAAGUGAUCAAAAAAUUUAUAGUUUGAAUCAAAUGGAAUAUAUGAAUUUGGAUAAUCUUCAAGCUAAUUCUUCUAAAAUUAAAAAGUCUAGUAUUCAAUCUGUUCAUAAAGUUUCUUGUAACUCAGAAAAUUCUGUGCAAUCAAUUAUUGAUAUGAAUCAAAUGAAUAUAGAAAACAAACCAAAUAAUAAACAAUUGCAAUAUAAUCACCAAUCUUCGAUAAAUCAAUCUAAAACAUUAUCUGAGAACAUUGUGAACACUGAUCCUUCAAGUACAUUAUUAAGGUGGAAUAUCAUUAUAAAGCGUUGUAAGUCAAAAACAUAUUCUUCCAAAAAAAUGAAAAAAUAUUUCAAUAUAAGCUAGCAGAUUCAAAUAUGUAUACAAUAAAAUCAAAAUUAAUUUUUUGGUAUGAUCAAAUAAUAAA